AUGGCGUCGACGACCGCGAGCCCGCUCCCUCUCCGAUCCCUUCUCGCCUUCCUUUUCCUUUUCGUUCGGGUCGCAGUCGUCGCGGGAGACAACGACCACGAUGCAGCAGUACAACUCGUCCCUCGACAAGAUCUUCACGCGCUUAAAGACUGCCUUGCAAAGGCGGGAGCGAGGGCGAUAUACCCAGAUUCCGAUGCAGACGCAGGUGCAGAUGGAAGCGCUGGAAGUGCUGGAGACGGAGGUGGAAAUGGAAGCCCUGCCGCCGGCUUCCCGCGUUCGCAGAACACGAACUACCACUACACGCCCGCAGUCGUGGUGCAGCCCACUUCCGCCCAAGAGGUCGCAGCCGUCGUUCAGGCAGUCGCUCAAUGCGCUGGCGCAGGAUUUCGACUCUCGAGCUUUGGUGGAGGCCAUGGGUAGGUCUCCCACUGCAUACUCCCUCCCGAGUCGGGAAGAUUUUUGGAUGCUAACAUUAUCAAAGCUACGCAUCGUACGCCCUUGGCGGUCACGAUGGCUAUGUCAUCAUCGAUUCCAGCGGUAUGAAGAAGAUCCAUCUUGAUCCAGUCAAGAAGAUUGUGACGGCAGAUAUGGGCGUCCGUAUAGGACCUUUGGCGCAGGAGAUUGGGAAGAAGGGGUUUGGGUUACCGCAUGGAACCUGUCCCUCGGUUGGACUUGCAGGGCAUUCUUUGAGUGGCGGAUGGGGAUUCUCGAGUCGGAAGUGGGGAUGGCUGAUGGACCAUGUCGUCAGUCUUGUUUAUGUGGACGCAGAAGGGAAGAUCAAAGAGGUAUCGCAGGCGUCGAAAGGCCCGGAUGCGGAGAUUUGGUGGGCGAUGCGUGGCGCCGGCGCCAACAAUUUUGGAGUGGUCACUUCGUUCGCGUUAUCGGUUGUGGAUGCACCUGCAAAGGCUGUCAACUACAAGACCAUCUUCAAAACGAACGACGAUUGCGCUGCGGCACUACUCAGCCUCCAGGAACUUGGGAGCAAAGCCGCUUCUCUGCCUCCAGAGCUGGGUGCUCAGCUGCUAAUUUAUGGCGAAGGAUCCCCAGGAGACCCCGGCGCCGGUUCGUUUUCCGGUCAAUACUUAGGUCCUCAAUCACAGUUUCAGCCGGUUCAGCAGAGGAUGCUGCAAAGCUUGAAAGCUCACGGGGUCAACACGCAGGCAGCGGAUUGGAAUGUCACCGAGAAGACAGGCUGGGUCGAAACUUUGACAGACUUGAUGGGUAACCUCGAUGCGCCUCCAGAUGUAGUGCCAUACUAUGCGCAGUCGUUGAUGGACGACGGCUCACCGGGGUACACUCAGGAAAGCGCCCAAAGGAUCGUGAAAGCAAUCCAGGCCACCGUCAAAGUCGAAGAUACCAGUACAUCCUUGUCAUUCGACCUGAAUGGUCCUGGUGCGGCGACCAAUAGCCCCGACCCAUACGGAGAUUCUUCUUUGGGGGCAGCCGGACACCGGAAAGCGUUGUUCUUAAGCCAGCUGUACAACUACGGCACUCCAGGGUUCGACAAGCCACAGGCCCAGAAACGAGUCUUCGAUGCUAUGGACGGCGUAUCCAGCGCCGUGAGAGCCGCGAAGCCAGGAGCCAGAUGGGGGUCCUAUGUUAAUUACAUCGAUCCUCGCCUUCAAGACUUUGGCAGAGCAUAUUAUGGUCCCGGUCUUGAGAGAUUGAAGUCCAUCAAGAAGCAAGUCGAUCCGAAGACGAUAUUCGACUUCCCUCAAGGUCUCGCACAUGCGUGA